AUGACUCCAACCGCCCUCUCAGAUAACCACUCCGCCGUCCUCCUUCUCCGCACCGCAGCCCUCCUCACCUCCGCUGCCGGCUUCGUCUCCCUCGCCUGGUCCAUGACACAUCACAAGGGCAUCUCCGACGAUGGAGCAGGGGAAUCAACUCCGUCGUCUUGGGAACCGUACAUCGCAUACGCCUUCCUCUGGUCCCUCAUCGCCCUGACAAUACGACUAAUCCCCCGACGCAUCCACCCGGGUAUAUACGUCGCCUUUGACCUGGUUGCGUUCCUGGCGAAUGUGAUUGCGGGGUGCAUCGGGCUGGCAGUGCUGGCGCCGGUGAUGGAGGGCGGGUAUAACUGCUACGCUGGGGGUUGUGACGGGGACGCAGUGCUCCGAGUGGAGAUUUUUGCGUACGUGGUUGUGUUUGUGAAUGUGGUGGUUCAUUUGAUGCUUACCGUUUGGGCUUCCUGGGCCUGUCGUAUUGAGCGGGGGAGGGGGAAGACCGUUUGA